AUGGCAAGCCCAAAUUUUCGCAUUGCAAUUGUCGGCGCUGGCCAAGUUGGUGGCGCCACGGCUUACGCGAUGAUUUUGCGCUCUAUAGCUACCGAGCUCCUUUUGGUUGACAUUGACUCGGCCAAGAGAGAUGCUCAGGUUUCCGAUCUCUCCGAUGCGACAUAUAUCAGUAACAGCGGUACACGCGUUAGGGCGGCCACACACCAUGAGGCAGGCCAGUGUGAUAUCAUAAUCAUUACUGCAGGAGCGAAGAAUUUCUUAGCCGAGAUAAGCAUUUUGCAUAUGUACCGUCAUAUUGGAAUGAUUCGCAAUGUAGUUCAGGCAAUGAGUCCGUUCAAGUCAGAUUCAAUAUUGCUUAUUGUCGCAAAUCCAGUAGACCUGUUGACACAAAUCGCCCAAGAAGUUUCUCGACUUCCGACGGCGCAAGUCAUAGGGUCAGGCACAUUCCUCGACUCCGUUCGUCUCCGCGGGCUGUUAGCCGACAAAGCGGGUGUAGCUGCAAAGUCAAUAGAUAUCCAUGUUUUGGGCGCGCAAGGUGAUUCGCAAGUCGUCGCAUGGUCUACAGCUACAGUUGGCGGUAUCCCCAUCGCUCAAUCAAUCCCACCUAGCACUAUCGAUCAGAAAGAGCUGGAGCGACAGACCAAAGAUAGAACGAAGGAUAUUGUAAGAGCCAAACAGGCAACGACAUUUGGAAUUAGCUCAAUCGUGACCAGCAUCUGCUCUUCUAUCCGCCACGACACUCGCAAUGUUCGCCCUAUUAGCCACUUUCAACCUGAGUUUGGUUGCUGUUUUAGUUCCCUGGUGGUAUUGGGAAGAAAGGGCAUUACUAGGGAGAUUAAUAUGUCGUUUGAGAGCGAAGAACAAGCUGCUAUAUUACGAUCAGCAAACGAACUCAAGGAAACGAUGGACCGCGUCCAUGAGAAUUAUCAGGAUUAG